CAGGCGGCAGGGGGAGGGCUCGGAAGGGGUUCCGAGGAUCCGGGGAGCGGGCGAAGGGGCGGAGUGAGCGCCUGCAGCCGGGGCCACCCCGAUCCACAGGUCUAGGCUUGCCCACUCCCGCCACAAUGGCCUCGGGGGUGGAAGUCCUGCGCUUCCAGCUGCCGGGCCACGAGGCCGCGACGCUGCGGAACAUGAACCAGCUCCGCGCGGAGGAGCGCUUCUGCGACGUGACCAUCGUGGCCGACAGCCUCAAGUUCCGUGGCCACAAGGUCAUCCUGGCCGCCUGCUCCCCGUUCCUGCGGGACCAGUUCUUGCUGAACCCCAGCUCCGAGCUGCAGGUCUCCCUGAUGCACAGCGCACGCAUCGUGGCCGACCUGCUCCUGUCCUGCUACACGGGCGCCCUGGAGUUCGCCGUCAGGGACAUCGUCAACUACCUGACGGCCGCCUCCUACCUGCAGAUGGAGCACGUGGUGGAGAAGUGCCGGAACGCGCUCAGUCAGUUCAUCGAGCCCAAGAUAGGCCUCAAGGAGGACGGGGUCAGCGAGGCCAGCCUCGUGAGCAGCGUCAGCGCCGCCAAGUCCCUCCUCCCGCCGGCCAGGACCCCGAAGCCAGCGCCCAAGCCCCCGCCCCCUCCUCCGCUGCCCCCUCCGCUCCUGCGGCCCGUGAAGCUGGAGUUCCCACUGGACGAGGACCUGGAGCUGAAGGCCGAGGAGGAGGACGAGGACGAGGACGAGGACGUGUCUGACAUCUGCAUCGUCAAGGUGGAGUCGGCCCUCGAGGUGGCGCACCGGCUCAAACCCCCCGGAGGCCUGGGAGGGGGUCUGGGUAUUGGGGGCUCCGUGAGCGGCCACCUGGGGGAGCUGGCGCAGAGCAGCGUGGCCCCCAGCACUGUGGCCCCACCGCAGGGUGUGGUGAAGGCUUGCUACAGCCUGUCGGAGGACGCGGAAGGGGAGGGCCUGCUGCUGAUCCCCGGGGGCCGAGCCAGCGUGGGGGCCACCUCGGGCCUCGUGGAAGCGGCCGCGGUGGCCAUGGCUGCCCGGGGGGCGGGGGGCAGCCUAGGGGCAGGGGGCAGCCGGGGACCCCUGCCCGGGGGCUUCUCGAGCGGAAACCCCCUAAAGAACAUCAAGUGCACCAAGUGCCCGGAAGUGUUCCAGGGCGUGGAGAAGCUGGUCUUCCACAUGCGCGCGCAGCACUUCAUCUUCAUGUGCCCGCGCUGCGGCAAGCAGUUCAACCACAGCAGCAACCUCAACCGCCACAUGAACGUGCACCGUGGCGUCAAGUCGCACUCGUGCGGCAUCUGCGGCAAGUGCUUCACCCAGAAGUCCACGCUGCACGACCACCUCAACCUGCACUCCGGGGCGCGGCCCUACCGCUGCUCCUACUGCGACGUGCGCUUCGCCCACAAGCCGGCCAUCAGGCGGCACCUCAAGGAGCAGCACGGCAAGACCACGGCCGAGAACGUGCUGGAGGCCAGCGUGGCCGAGAUCAACGUCCUCAUCCGCUAGCGGGGGGCGGGCGCGGAGGCCGCGAGGCGGUGCCCUGCGCCGCUGGGGCGAGGCUCCGGGGCACAGGAGAAUGGGGUGGGCAGACGCGUCGGAGUGGGGAGGGAGGGAGGGAGGGAAUAGAUUCCCUGGAGAGGAGAGACCCUGCUUCUCAGAGAGAGGAUGGAGCUAGGGACAGGGUUCUUUGACAAAGCCAAGGGAACGUGGGGUCCCAGAGAUUGAUUUUCAUAGAGGUGCAUGGAUAUGUGGAUGGGGGGAAAGCGUUGCAUAGAACGGAGAAGAGGGAAGACGAAAAUGGUUUUUUCCUGGCCAGGCUGCCCGGGGGAGGAAGUUCUGACAUUUCUUGAGGCAGGGGUGGGGGGUGGGAACCGGGCGGGAGCCGGGCAGGAGGCCGCUGACUCCCUGGUUAGCGUAGAUCCCUGGGAGAGGGGGCAGUAGGGGAAACAAUUACUGAAUCUCAGACAAGGAAGAGGGAGACAGUUCUUGCAUGCCGGGGGAAUGGGACUGUGGGGCACGGCUCACCAAAACUGGAGGAUGCAGUGAAGGUGAGCCUCCUGGGUAGAUACUGGGAAGUGGGGGUACAAUAGCAAGAACAGUGAAUAGUGCAGGGGUUGGGGGGCAGGGCACUUAGGAAUAAAAGGACACAAGGAGGGCAGUUAGUGGGAGGGAGAGGAGUAGAGACCUACAGUAUUUUUUAAGAAAACAAAACGUAUUUUUUAGGAUUUUUUCUGGAGUUUGGGGGUUUUAGUUUUUCUGCUUUGUUU